GAAUAAAAAGGGGCGUGUUCAGUGUCUUUGGAGGACUAUUUAAAAUGCGGCUGUUAUAACCGCUGCUGGAGUUUCUUUGACUGAAGUGUGUGGAUAUUUUGCACGUUUUAGCGCACAUCUGUUUGAACGACAUGGAGUAUGUUAACAUAGUUUUUGACGACAAUAGCUCGGGAUCUGGGGACGGGGAUUUUGAUGGACUUGAUGGACUCUGUGACAUCGCGGACAGCGAUGACUUCAAGAGAAUCUUCUUCCCCACUAUAUAUGGGAUUAUUUUUGUUUUGGGAAUCGUUGGCAAUGGCCUCGUGGUGCUUGUGAUGGGCUACCAAAAGAAGUCUAAGAACAUGACUGACAAAUACAGGUUGCACCUCUCCAUCGCGGAUCUCCUGUUUGUCCUCACUCUGCCCUUCUGGGCUGUGGACGCAGCCAGCGGAUGGCAUUUUGGGGGAUUUCUCUGUGUCACAGUCAACAUGAUCUACACUCUGAAUCUGUACAGCAGUGUGCUGAUCUUGGCCUUCAUCAGCUUGGAUAGGUAUCUGGCCAUUGUUCGUGCCACAAACAGCCAGGCGUUCAGGAAACUGCUCGCAGGACGGGUAAUCUACCUUGGAGUUUGGCUACCAGCGACCCUGCUCACUGUGCCCGAUCUGGUGUUCGCCAAAGUCCGCGAUACUGGCGAGAAUACGAUCUGUGAGCUCAACUACCCGCAGCAGUUCAAUGUAGUGUGGAAGGCUGUUUUUCGCUUCCAGCACAUCAUCGUUGGCUUCUUGCUGCCUGGUCUGAUCAUCCUGACCUGUUACUGUAUUAUCAUCUCUAAACUGUCCAAGAACUCCAAGGGUCAGGCCCUGAAGAAGAAGGCACUGAAGACCACCGUCAUCCUCAUCCUCUGUUUCUAUAUCUGCUGGCUGCCCUACUGUGCCGGCAUCCUGGUGGACACUCUGAUGAUGCUGAACGUUAUUUCUCACAGCUGUUUCCUGGACCAGGGUCUGCAGAAAUGGAUAUUCAUUACCGAGGCGCUGGCUUACUUCCAUUGCUGUCUGAACCCCAUCCUUUAUGCUUUUCUGGGAGUCAAAUUCAGUAAAUCUGCCCGAAGUGCCCUGAGCAUCAGCAGUAAAUCGAGUCACAAAAUGUUGACCAAGAAAAGAGGCCACAUAUCAUCUGUAUCUACUGAAUCUGAGUCGUCCAGUGUCCUCUCCAGUUAAUGGACACUGUGUACAUAAACUUUUCUACAUGGAUGACUAAGCUUUCAUUUUUAAAGGACUUUACUACACUUUGUACAUUGUAAACUCUCUGAUAUUUGUUAUUUUGCGAGAGCUGUGUUUUCUGAUGUUUGUGAACAUUUUGAUUCAGUUACUUAAAUUAAUCUUUUUUUUAUAUAUUUUUAUUCCAUACUUUUCAAAUGUCUAUUGCUGGACCUAAAGGCAGAGCCUUAAAUACAUCUUGCCAUGCAAAAGUUCUUCUCAGGACAUCUUAGCAAACUGUUGCAUAGUCUUUUGUCUGUUUAAGUGCAUAGUGUAAAUUAUUUGUACAUAGAUCAUUGUUUGCCAUUGUGUGUGUGCACUUAGCUUUCGUUAUUCCGCUUUCUGAUAUUUAUUAAAAUAAGGUAGCUCACACUGUAAUUUUUUUUUAUUGGUUUGUAAUUUAAGCAUGUCAGAAUUGUUGCAUUUCAUAAUUAAACCUUAAAAUCACCACUUUUAA